GGUCCCCAGCUCCAGAACCCCAGUUCUUACCCAGGCCAGCUCUGAGCUGGAGACUGAAGCGCCGAGCUGUAGAAGAGUCAGAGCCGGAGUCGGAGUCGCAGCAGGUGCACGGGGCGGCGGCAUGACCGGUCAUCACGCCUGGGGCUACGGCCAGCAGGACGGCCCUUCAGAGUGGUACAAGUCCUACCCCAUUGCCAAGGGAAAUCGCCAAUCCCCCAUUAACAUCGUGUCCAGCCAAGCGGUGUACAACUCAAGCCUCAAGCCCCUCCUCAUCUCCUACGAGUCCUGCACGUCCCUGAGCAUCGUCAACAAUGGCCACUCCGUCAUGGUGGAGUUCGAUGAUGGGGACGGCAGGACAGUGGUAAAUGGGGGACCCCUGGAUGGGCCCUAUAGACUGAAGCAGUUUCAUUUCCACUGGGGAGAGAAGCCCGGUCAGGGCUCGGAGCACACGGUGGAUGGUCAUUCUUUCCCUAGUGAGCUCCACUUAGUCCACUGGAACGCGAAAAAAUAUCACACCUUUGGAGAAGCAGCAGCAGCCCCAGAUGGCUUGGCAGUCAUCGGUAUUUUCCUGGAGACUGGAGGUGAGCGGGCCAGUAUGAACAGGUUGACUGAUGUGUUGUACAUGGUCAAGUUCAAAGGGUCCAAAGCUCAGUUUUCCGACUUCAGUCCCCAGUGCCUCCUGCCUUUGGGCCUUCAUUACUGGACCUACCCCGGCUCUCUGACCACCCCGCCCCUCAACGAGAGUGUCACUUGGAUUGUGUUGAAGGAGCCGAUCAAGGUCUCAGAGAAACAGUUGGAGAAAUUCCGGACCCUCCUCUUCACCGCCGAGGAAGAUGAGAGGAUCCACAUGGUGAACAACUUUCGUCCCCCGCAGCCCCUGAAGGGACGAGUCGUCCAAGCAUCUUUCCGCACCUGAAGGAGCCGGACAACUGCCACUGGCAACACCCAGAAUCCUAAGUGCUUCCAAUCAGCAAAGACCAAACCCAGGGGCAGCCCACUGAAGCCCCAGGAACUGCUUUGGGGCUCGGUGCUCACUUCCAGCACUUCCCACCCAGGUUUCUUAGUCUUUCCAAAAAGUCCACCCCCACCCCCACCCCCAUCACCCUCCAAUUCCUCCUGACGCCUUUGUCAUUCCCGUCUCUGGCAACAGGGAAAAUGAGCCUCUUGGAGGACAGCCUGAGGGUGGGUGGGUGCCAGGCAUGCAGGCACGUGACUCUGCUCAUUUCAGCACCACCCGCCCCCAGCAGGAGACCACAGCUGCCCCCCGACACAUUCUUGUUAUUCAAAUUGAAUAGAGAUUUUUUUAUCAGAGUCACAUUGGAGGGGUGAGUGUCAGAACAGAACCGCUCGGUUGUAGCCCCGACCAUGGGUCCUGGGGUCUCCAGUCGGGGGAGGGUGUGGAGGGGUGGGGCGUUUGAGCGGUGGCAUGGACCUA